CAGAUUACUGAGAGUGCUGAGCAGACAUGGCUGCGAGUGGCCGAGGCCUCCGCAGGGCCCUGAGGGCCUGUCCCUGUCCUCCACGGAGACCAGCCCACUGGGAGGCCGCAGGGCGCCUGAAGCCAGAGUACGAUGCGGUGGUGAUAGGAGCAGGUCACAACGGGCUGGUGGCUGCGGCCUACCUACAGAGAAUGGGGGUGGACACGGCCGUCUUCGAGAGACGCCACGUGAUCGGGGGCGCAGCUGUCACGGAGGAGAUCAUCCCAGGGUUUAAGUUCUCCCGAGCGUCCUACCUCCUCAGCCUGCUGAGACCCCAGAUCUACACCGACCUGGAGCUGAAGAAACAUGGGCUGAGAGUCUAUCUCCGAGACCCCCACUCCUUCACCCCCAUGCUGGAAGAAGGCACGGGGGGCAAGGCGCCCAGGUCCCUCCUGAUGGGCUCAGACCUGGCGGAAAACCAGAGGCAGAUCGCCCAGUUCUCACAGAAGGAUGCCCAGGCUUAUCCCAAAUACGAGGCCUUCAUGAAUCGCUUGGCAUCAGCCAUCGACCUCCUGCUGGACGCAGCCCCCGUGGACGCGGAGGCCUUCUGGCGGGGCAGCCUCCUGCAGAGGCUCAGGGCGCUCUCCACCCUGGCACCCCUGCUGCGGGCAGGCUGCAUCCUGGGGACCAAGCUGCCCCAGUAUUACCAGGUCCUCACAGCUCCAAGUACCAAGGUGCUGGAUCAGUGGUUUGAGUCCGAGCCUCUAAAAGCUACUCUAGCAACGGAUUCUGUGAUUGGAGCCAUGACAAGUCCCCACACUCCGGGGAGUGGGUAUGUGCUGCUGCAUCACGUGAUGGGGGGCCUGGAGGGGGUGAAGGGGGCCUGGGGCUACGUCGAGGGCGGCAUGGGUGCCCUCUCCGAUGCCAUCGCCAGCUCAGCCACUGCGCACGGAGCGAGUAUCUUCACUGAGAAGACAGUGGCGAAGGUGCAGGUGGACAGCGGAGGGCGUGUGCGAGGCGUGGUGCUGCAGGACGGCUCGGAGGUGAGGAGCAGAGUGGUGCUGUCCAACGCCGCGCCGCGGACCACCUUCCUGAAGCUGACGCCACAGGAAUGGCUUCCAGAAGAGUUCACUCAGAGAAUCUCUCAGCUGGACAUCCAGUCGCCUGUCACCAAGAUCAACGUGGCUGUCGACCGGCUGCCAAACUUCCUGGCGGCCCCCAAUGCUCCCGGGGGCCAGCCGCUGCCCCAUCACCAGUGCUCCAUCCACCUGAACUGUGAGGACACCCAUCUGCUCCACCAGGCCUUUGAGGAGGCCAUGGAUGGCCGGCCCUCCCACAGGCCUAUGAUUGAGCUCUGCAUCCCUUCCGCACUGGACCCCACGCUGGCUCCCCCCGGCUGCCACGUGCUCUCCCUCUUCACGCAGUACACGCCCUACACCCUGGCCGGAGGCAAAGCGUGGGAUGAGCAGGAGAGAAACGCAUAUGCAGACAGAGUGUUCGACUGCAUCGAGGCCUACGCCCCCGGCUUCAGGGGCUCCGUGCUGGGCAGAGACAUCCUCACUCCGCCGGACUUGGAGAGGAUCAUCGGGCUUCCUGGAGGGAACAUAUUCCACAGCGCCAUGACCCUGGACCAGCUCUACUUCGCCCGCCCCACGCCCCUGUACGCUGGCUACCGCGGCCCCCUCCCGGGCCUGUACCUCUGCGGGAGCGGGGCCCACCCCGGAGGAGGGGUCAUGGGAGCCGCUGGUCGCAAUGCAGCCCACGUGGUCAUGGGGGACCUCAAGAGCCUGUGACCCUGCCCCAAGGAGAAUUGCCCUUGAGCUCAGAGGUCCCCACGGGGCCAUCUGUCCAGGCUGUGGCUGAGGCAGACAAGUACGCAAGGCUUGAGCGACUAUCUUAGAAAAAAACAAUAAACAUGCAAGUUACGUUCGGCACUGCUUAACCUUGUACUCACGAUGAACUGCUUUUGUUUUAUUAAAAACAAUGUUUUAA